UUUUGUUUAAAUUAACUUUAUAUCUUUUUCUUUUAGAAAAAAAAAUGAUGAUUAAUUUUUUUAUGAAAACCUUUUAUGAAUUAUGAAAAGAAAAAUGCCUAAACUAAUGUUAUCAGCGGUCUCAUAUGAACCUUUAUGUUCAGAGGAAAUUGGUGAUGUCAAUGGUCCACCUAGAACAAAAAAGAAAGGUAUACUAUGUGCGUCAUCUAAAAAACGUAUGUAUGCUUUAAUGAUCCUGUCUGGUGUUGCUCUUUUGUGGGUAUUUAUUUAUUAUAAGCUAUUAAAUCACCGAUUUGAGCUUCCAGAACCAUUAAGAGAAUUGCGAAAGAUGUUUGGGGAUGGUGAGGUAAAAAAGAGGCGUGGUCGAGAAGAUGAGACAGAAAAUGUGGUUGUCACUACUUUGGCAGAUACAGCAUGUCUUCCUCAGUUUUCUAAAGAACGAAAACCUGAAUAUAUACAUAUUGCUAUUGUGUCCUGUGGAAAACUGGCGGAUGAAGCCCUAGUAAAUAUGAAGGCAGCAACAUUAGUUUCAAAUGCUAACCUCUUUUUUCACAUAUUUACAGAUGAAAAACAUAUAAAACGGAAAACAUUUGAUAAAGAGCUACAGAGCUGGCCAGCAAUGACACAGCAUUGGCUCAUGUUUACAGUGUAUCCAAUAUAUUACCCAGUAAGCCAGGACCAUACACAAUGGUUGGAAUUGUUUAAACUGUGUGCCUCACAAAGAUUGUUUCUUGCUUCAAUUCUUGUUCAUAUAGACUCAGUUAUAUAUGUUGAUACUGAUGUUUUAUUUUUAAGACCACCGGAAGACCUGUGGGAGUAUUUUAAUAACUUUAACAAUACACAAAUUGCAGGCAUGGUCAGAGAAUGCGAACCAAGUACUUCAAAUUGUUGGUAUAACAAACAACUCUCUCAUCCAUAUGUCCAACCAUAUGGCGUAAACAGUGGUGUAAUGUUGAUGAAUUUAACGAGAAUGCGAAAUUUAAAAUGGGAGCAUGAGCUGAUCAGUAUAUACAACGAUUAUAAUUCUAAAAUUGCCUAUGGCGAUCAAGAUAUCUUAAAUAUUUAUUUUCAUCGCCACAUGAAAAGUUUGUUUUUUUUAUCUUGUGAUUGGAACUAUCGACCACUUCACUGCAUACACGGAAAUUUAUGUUCCAAAGCAAAACGAAAUGGUGUUUCCUUAAUGCAUGGUAAUCAUGGUGUAUUUCGGGAUAAAAAAUUACUUCCUGAAUUUUUUGCAGUGUACGAUGCAUACAGUGACUACGAAUUUUCCCAUAAUGUAUUUCAAAAGGACGUUGUUAAGAACGCAUAUGAGAAGCUUUCAAAGCUGGCUAAAAAGAAAGAUGCUUCUAAAUGCACAAGGAUGAAGAAUGCGAUGUUGAAGCAUAUUCGCUGUAAAAAGACAGAUAGUGCGCAUUAGCAUUAUGAAUAAAUUGCUGUAGCACGUUAUUCUUUAUUUAAUUUUUUUUCAAUGCAUGUGCAUAAAAAAAUGUUAAAGUUUUUAAGUCAUGUAGGCAUUAUUCAUGAAUUCUGGUAAGAGAAUAAUUUUAGAGCAGAGUGGCCAAAAGUCCUUAAAUCUCAUAGACGAUGUAAAAAAUGGAGACCUAAAAUCUCUUUUUAGUACUGUCAUUGUUGUAACAAGGUGUUAUUGUUAGUAGUAGUUUUAUAAUAUUAAUUGAAAACCAGUCUUUUUCGCAAGAGUAUAGUAAUCCAUAUGUUGAAAAAUUUUUGCUUUAUAGAACAAGAAUAGGAAUAUCAUAAUAAAUUGUAACUUGUUUGUGAACCUUUUCCAAAUAGCACCUUGUAUGUUUAGCAAAACAUACAGUAGAAUUUUUCAAUUAAAUUGGUUUCUCUAUAGAUAUGUGUGAUUAUAUAUAAAUGUUUAUAUAAAUGGAUCAUAUAAUCUGCAGCAUUUUUAAAAGCAAAUUCUGUUACAUAAAAUAUUAAACCCAGGCAAAUUUAUUGAUUUGCACAUGUAAAUACGUAUCACUAUUGCAUUAUUUAAAGUUAUUCGAGUAAUUGUUUAAGAAAUGGGAAAACUGAACACCUGUAAAACUAUUUUUCUAAGAAGCCCAAUUUAAUUUAGAAUAUUUAUGUUAUGAAAUGCUAUUGUAACUUAUUAUUAUUUAUAUUAUUUUAAGCAAAGAAAUCUUCUUAGAUCAA